UUGGAUUAAAACUCUCUGACACCCGGAGAACUCUGGUGCGUCUCCACACGCAGGAACCAGUAUUCCUGCAUGGAAGCGGCGCGCUGAUAUGGUCCUACCUCUGACCCGUUGAAAGACAUGCUGUCAGCCGGCAGAUGCUGGCUGGCCGCCAUGUGGCGGCUACCGACAGGACAACGAAAUCCAAAUGAAUUAGAUUAUUGGAUUGACUGCUACAGAUUAUAGCUCUCGUUCUUCUUCGAUGUUGCAAAAGAAAAUCGCAUCAAUCUGAUCAAGUUUUCGGAAAUAAAGCCUUCAUAAAGACUGGCAGCCAUGCUGACCAGCUUUAUUGAAGGUCUCCUCUGCUGCCUCACCUCAAAAUCUGCCAACACUGUGGUUCCCGUAGAGACCUCCGAACCUGCAGAUGGCUAUGAGUUUGUGGAGGUGAAACCAGGCAGAGUUCUGCGAGUUCGACAUAUCAUCCCAGACCGGCUAAUGACGGAGGAACCCAAUCAGGGUGGAAGUGUUAGCUGCAAAAGAAAGAUCACAGUUUACCGUAAUGGACAGCUGUUCAUUGAGAACUUGGGUGAGAGGGCAAGUGCAGAGCUGAAAACCUGCCAGAACGGAGACACUGAACCAAACAGCACUGUAGAGGUUGAACUGACAGACUGCCAUAACGCUUCACCACCUGUCAGCAUUCCUGAGGCCCGGUCAAAUUCUGUCUCAGCUGGAAACAAUGGAGCAUCUGAAACAGCAGAAGAAGCGCCUGUCUCUGGACAGGCUGAACAGUCCCAGCAACCCAGGAAGCGCAGGCGGAAACCCAAGCGCACUGUGGUGAUUGAUUGUGAGAGGAAGAUAUCAGCCUGUAAAGGGACACAUUCAGACUUAGCUCUGUUCUUCAUCCACGGGGUGGGAGGCUCCCUGGACAUCUGGGGAAGUCAGCUUGACUUCUUUUCCCGUCUUGGUUACGAGGUGAUCGCACCAGACCUGGCAGGCCAUGGAGCCAGCUCAGCUCCACAGAUAGCAGCAGCGUAUACUUUCUACGCAUUGGCUGAGGAUAUGAGAAUUAUCUUCAAGAGAUAUGCAAGGAAGAGGAAUGUCCUCAUAGGACAUUCUUAUGGUGUGUCGUUCUGUACGUUCCUGGCCCAUGAGUUUCCAGAUCAGAUUCACAAGAUGGUGAUGAUCAACGGUGGUGGUCCUACAGCUCUGGAGCCCAGCCUCUGCUCCAUCUUCAACCUGCCCACCUGUGUGCUUCAUUGCCUCUCCCCACUGCUGGCCUGGAGCUUCCUCAAGGCUGGCUUUGCUCGGCAGGGUGCAAAGGAAAAACAGUUGCUGAAAGAGAACAAUGCCUUCAAUGUGUCGUCAUUCGUGUUGCGUGCCAUGAUGAGCGGGCAGUACUGGCCUGAGGGGGACGAAGUUUACCACGCUGAGCUCACAGUGCCCGUCUUGCUUGUUCAUGGUAUGCACGACAAGUUUGUCCCUGUAGAAGAGGACCAGCGCAUGGCUGAGAUCCUCCUAAUGGCGUUCCUGAAGGUCUUAGAGGAUGGUAGUCACAUGGUCAUGAUGGAGUGUCCUGAGGCUGUCAACACACUCUUGCAUGAGUUCUUCCUUUGGGAACCAGCCACUCCUACACCCCCAAAGAAAGAGUCCAAAACCCGUCCAGAGACAGCUAAAGCUCAAACUGACAACACCAAGGCCGUGUCUGAGUCUGCCAAGACCCGGCCUGCAACGGCCAGGCAAACUUAAUCAGAAAGGGGACGAGUGAGAACGAAAAUAACCGAAGAUUAAAGCUGAUUCAGACUGAAGCUGAAACAGGCCGGCCAUGCCUUCCUGAGGCAUCGAGCUUGUCUGGCUGGAAGCUGGUUUUGUGGAGGCAGGACACUACAGACAUUACUGUAGUUAUGGAACAUGAGUGGCCGAUCCUGGUAUUUAAAAGAAAUGCACUCAAGGGUUGAUUGUGUUGUGGCUUGUCAAGCUGCAAAA